UGGCAAACCUUAGUAUAUUAAGGCUACUAUAAGUAUAUUAAAGAACCUUGGUUGCCGUUAGGAUGCAGACGCUACUGUCUUAUUGUAGUUGGUAGUUAUGUUCUCAGUAAAAAUAUUUAUGCACAUGGUACCUUAAUCUAGUUAUAAAACAAACAGGGGAAAAUUUUUUCUUUACUGCAUUCUAAAUUUUUCAAUUUCAGAGCUCAUUGAUAUGUGUUAGUGGUGUUGCAUGGGUAAUUUUAAAUGAAGAAUAAAAGUGAUAAAUCGUGUUUGAUAUCGAGCCCAGUCUACGUUCAGAAUUUUUCCCUGCAUUUUCUGUAGAAAUAUUUGAAUCUGUUUAGGAAUUAUAAAUAUGUUAGAGCAGCUAUCCAUUUUAUAAACUGAAACUGUUGGGUACGCACAGCAAAGUCAUGAGGUGCGGAGAGACUGGCUUUGAAUAUUCUCAUACGUUCCACUACUCGCCUCACGGAGCAGCAACAGGUCCUUUGCAGAUAAAUGAGGAUCAUGUUUCAGAGUGGGAAUUACCGCGAUCUUAUCCUGUUGGUUUUAGAGCUGUUCAUCCUGAGUAUAUACCAAGACAUCCAAUUCCAUCACAGCCUUCACAAGCAUGUUAUCUGCCAAACAGUCCAGCUCAAUGGCAUCGUGAUGUCAAUCAGAGAGCACAAAAACAUGUUAAAAAAGAAGACAUUUGUGUGAUGCUAAUGAACAAAGUAGUGCUUUGUGUAGAAUCAGAGAAUCCCCCGCAAGCCACUGUGCAAGAACUUAUGGAACUAAUUUUAUUAGAUGAUCAGGAUCUUUCAUUACCUGCUAGUGCAAGAGAUGUUUUCUCUUUAUGGCUUGUUUCACCUAUGCUUGAGCUUCAACUCACAAGUUUUCAACGUCCAUACCAUACCCGUCAGCAGUGGAUGACUCUGCUUUUAAAAUAUACUUCGGCUACCACUAAGCAUUUGGAUAAAGAUGAACCUGAACUGUUUCUGAAAAGAAAUGUGUUUUAUGACAAGCAAGAUGAGAUGAGAAUAUGUGAUAUGAAAAUAUUGGAGUUGUUGUAUGAAGAAGCCAAGUAUAAUAUCCUUAAGGGUCGCUAUCCUUGUGAUAUACAAGAUUGUGAUGUUCUGGCAGGUAUUCAGGCACGUCUAGAGUUGGGACCUUUCAAUCCCCAAAUUCACACUGCUGAAUUUUUUAGAAGUAAGAUAACUGAUUACCUCCCAAGUUAUGCUUGCAAAAAUCGUUGGUCUAUCUUAAAUGUCAGUGCUAAACCAGGUCCUGAACAUAGGCUGUUGGAUCGAUACCGAAACAUAUCAGUAAACACUACUAGGUAUAAAUUGUUGAGGAAAUACAUGGAAUUCUGUUGGUCUCUUCCUUAUUAUGGCUCUGCAUUUUUCCAUGCUCAAGUAGAAAAACCAGUUAAAGGUCUUUCCCUUUUGUUUGAUCAUUUUGACCAGAUGGUUUUAGUUGGAAUUAAUAGAGAUGGUGUGCAUAUUAUUGAUGAAGUUGAUUCAUGUCUUCUUCUAAGUAUGAAGUUCAGAAACCUAUCAUGGGAUUAUGCUGCUGCAUUCAAGGCUGAAAAUCCAGACUGCCUUCCAUGCUUAUUUAUUCAGUUCAAAAUUCCUGGACAGCGUACAAGGGAGACAAAGUUGAUUCAAAUAUUCUCUUAUCAGGCUAAUAUGAUGGAUAAAUUAAUUUCCAAGUUUGUUGAAGAAUUAAAACAAAGGCCUUCAUGGUGUGAAGAUCAAGUAGAUAAUUUCAUCUCAGUGCCUCAUGAAGAAGAUGACAUCCUGCCAAUAACUACAAGACGUUUAUCAUCUGAAGCAUAUAUUGAAGACAGGUUGAAAAGAUUAUCACUGACUACUUUCAAUGAAUCAGGUAAACCUGUGCACUCACCAAAAUCCUGGUCAUUUCAAAUAUAAAUGCUUGGAAUUAAUUUCUUGUGAAUCCUAUGAAGCAUGGAUUGAAACAUUAACAUGCUAAUUGUAUUUUUUAGCUUGUGGUGUGGAUUAUUUAACACUGUUUACCUUUAACAUGAUGCAUAUUGAAAUUUUUUUUUCAAUAUGCAUCAUGUUUUCAAUAUGCAUCUGUUUUGGUUUACAGUCUCAAUCCGCUGAACACAGAAAGCACUUUUAUAAUGAUAUUGCACUUGUGAAAAAUUUACAGCAUGCUACAAUGUUGUUAUAGCAGCACUUGACCCUGCAUUAGGUGUUUCUGUUGCAUAAUUAGGCACUUCAGUGAUAGGUGUCGCCCACCUAUUAAAAUGUAUCUAGAAUAAGGAAUAUCAUUUUUGAAUGAUGAUUGUUUCAUUUAUUUGACAAAAUGUUAAUUGCACAUUAGACUUUUGAUUUGUAUUGUUUGAGUAUCGGUCUUCAGUAAAUAUAACAUAUUUUUUUCAUUCAGCAUUUGUAUCUUCUGUUGUCUCUAUCUUUCAGCAUUUUAACAGUUUACUUGCUACAUAUAUAAGUGUGCAGCUGACACCUAUCACACCUGUGCUUAAGCUAGGGUUACAGAAUUCCAGUGUUGUGUAUGUUUCAAAUAAUUUUCAUUAAAAGGUGCAUUAUAAAGCCUGUUAUUAACAUACUUCCAUGCUGAUGUUUCAUUGCUUGUGAAUUUAUAAUAAUUUAACCCCUUGCAGUUGAGAAGUAACUCUCAGUCCCCACUCGAUUUGAUUGAAUUUUUUAUUUCCUAAAAUAAAACUCAAGUGUUCUUAAAAUUACUUUUGUAUUUUCAUACAAAAUAUGUAUCUUGUGUAUUGACUUCUCAUUGAUAUCAUUAAUCUUUUAACAGGAACUUCCAUUAUGAAUUAAUAAAAAUUUCAGUAAAUUUUUGUAAAUUGAUAUUGUGUAAUAAUAAUUCAAAACCAUGUGAAUUUCUAAUUCAUUCUGAUGAAAACUGUAUUAAAUUUUUAUAUACAUUUAAUUUUUAGCGCAAAAUGAUGGAUCUUCUAGUUAUGAUGGCAGUUAUUAAAUUGUAAUUUUUUUCAUGGCUGCGGAAAGUAUCCAUUGUUGCAUAUUUAAAAUCUAUAUUUCAGUGUCAGAUGUGUGAACAUGUGGCAUUUCAUACCAAAAAAUUUUACAGAACAUAAUCAGAUUAUAACUGAAUAUAAUAUGGUCAUGUUGAUUUCUGGAGAACAGCAAUAACUGUCAAUGCAUGAAAAUGAAAAAUAGGAUUUUGAGAACCCUGUAUUAUGAUACAGCAUUCUAAAGCUAUGAGACAUUUAAUCAAAUUUUUUAGAAAGAUUUGUGGAAGUUCAUCAAAAAGAAAUAACUGCUUUUCUUAAAAAAGCAGCACAUAUAUAUUUAGAAUGAGUAUUCUUCAAAUUUGUGAUUUUAUAUAACUUUUCAGUCCUUUCACAUUUACAUUCAUUCUCUCUUGUGUACUGCCAUUUGAAUCUGCUGUUUAGCUUUUAAUUGUAAAGCUGUAAUGCAUCAAUUCCUCCUACUACUUUCAGUUUAAUAGUAAACUGAAUACUAAAUUUGCUUACUAUUUGUCUCAGAUGUAAUACUAAGGUGACCAGAUUUCAAAGUUCAGGAUGAUACAGCAUUUUCUGUUAUUGAGGUAGAGGUAGUAUAUAGGUCAAUAUGUAUAUAAACUAAAAUAAAUAUUUUUUAACAUGUAAAGGAUAAAUCAAAAUGCAGUAUUCAUUGUUCAACAAAGUAAUAAAUUUGUAAAUUUAAAGCUGUGUCUUAUUACUAGUCCAGAAAAUGUUCAGAGCGUGAAAUACUUGCUCAGUUGCAGGAACUCUGGGCAUUUUAAAACAUUUGAACAAAGAAUCUGGUUCUUAUUAAAAUAUGCAGUUAUUUAUGCUUACCUCUGAACUGGGCACAUCUUAUUUUUCAACCAUUCCAGUAUUUUUUCUACCAUAAUAUAUUGUAUAAGAUAAACAAAUUCCUCAUAUAUAUCAUUUUCCAAUAAUUUAUGAUUUGGUAUUAUUUUAUUAAUUAACAAAGAGGCUGUUUCCACUUGACCCCAAGAAAAGAUUUCAUUUAAUAUGAUGCCUGGGACACUUUUCUUGAGAUUGGAAAUAAGUCUUCAGUGGUAAAAACAUUUGGAAUACACUUUUAAUGGUGGGAAGUAAUUCUAACGAUCUUGUUUGUGAAUACCAUAGUAUCAUUGAAAAAUUGGUUUCUACGAAGUUGCAGAAAUUUUUCAAUGCUUCUACUCUGAAGAUUUAAAGUAUAUCUUAGAAAUAAUUGUCUCUACAUAAACUGGCAAAAUAUCAGCUGAUAUUCUUGUAGUAGAUGGAUAAUAUAUAUUGGACAUCCAACUCUUGUUAAACCAUGGUUAAAGUUUUAUUUCAGUUUAACCAAAACAUUAUUUUUUCCACGUCUGUUGGUUCCUCCAAAGUUAGAAUUCCUAUUAUUGGAACAAAGAUCAAUAAGUUUUUUCAUUAUUUUCUUCAUGACAGGUAGUUAAAUAGUUGCUGGCAAUAUCAGAUUUUUCACCAAGUAAGGCUUGAAAUUCUAAAAUUUUUACUCUAACUCUAUAAUCCAAUUCAGUAUAAAUUUAAGAAGCAUUGAAAAACGUUUUUUUUCCCCCCUAGUGAUUGGAUGCAUCAGUGAAGAUUAAAACAAAUGAACAUUUUUCCAAAUCAUUAUGCAAAGCUCUUAAAGCAUAAGUCAUGAAAACAUUUAGUAUUAUUGCUUCAGCCUUGGUUUGCGCAAAUUUAAAUUUAGGUUCAAAUGCCUUUUGAAGCAGCUUGGACAAACAAUCCAUAGACUUAAAACUAUGGUUGUGGCAAAUAAUAUGGUAUGCGAAAGUACCUUCUACUGCAGUGAAUUCAUCUUCCUGUAUCACCCAUUUUUUCCUGUUUGAGGAAAUUCCUUAAUGAUGAGAUUAGAUGCAGCUGCAGAGUUUUACCUUUCAUUUUUGUUACAAUUUAUAUGAAGUUUAAUAUCUGUAUGUCUACCAUGGCAUAUUGUAAAUUUUGAAGACCAUGUUCACAGCACAGUAUUGCACCACACAUUAGAAUCGCUUAUAGCUUUAUCAAUGCAGAGUUAUUCCUUCUGUAGGUCUUUGUUAAAUUUUUUUUUGUUGUGGAACCCAUUACUAAAAAAAAUCAAUGGUAAAAAUAAUACAUUCAAUUAAACUGCAGUAAAACAUAUGUUCAGCAAUAUGUAAUGUACCAUUGAUAAAUAAAAAAUAUAUGUCAUUGCCAAUAGAGAAACGUUAUUGCCCAGCAUUGUUUCGGCAGAUUUUAAAAAAAUAUUUCAACCCUUAUGCAAAUUCAAAAUGAUGAUGGAAUAAAAGUUUUAAACCUGACAAAGAAAGCUGAUUUUAUAUGCUUAUAUCUAGAAUGAAAUUUCAGCAAAUGAUAAAAGAAUUAUUUUUAGAUGCCAUUCAAUAGUAUGUAAGGGUGUGUAAUGCAUACAUACUAAGGUAUAUAAUGCACCGUUGAUAAUUAAAAACUAUAUGUGUAUAUUAUACAUUGAAAUCACAAUCGAAUAAAUAUAUCAAUUAAAAAUUGCAGUGCUGUCUUUUAAGUGAAUAUCUGAACUGUAACUGUGAAAAAAAUUCUGAGGAUGUUGGUCAGUUGAGGAGAGAAAUAGUGGAAUCAGAAAUAUAUCUCCUGUACAACAAUUUUUCUAAGGUAAACAUGAAUCCCUUGUUUAUCCGGCUGAUUUGGUGUGUAUCUCUUAACUUAUGCUUGCAGUCUCAAUUUGCAAUUUACACUACUUAAAUAAUAUAUGCAUUGAAACUUUUAUGUUCUCACACUGUUUUUUGGGACCAAAAAAUCGGUACAGGGACUGAAAAUUCAGGGCGUCUGAUCACCUUAGAUAUACACUUUGACAAUCAUUAUGGCAUCAGACAUCCUAAAGGUAAAGGAUGUAGUAAAUGGUUAUGAUCAUCAAAAUGAAUUUGAUGUAUUCUUAUUGGAUGGGACUUUCUGCACUGGUCAUCAUAAUGGAAUAAUGACUGCUCACUAUAAUAUGUUGAUUGUUCUUAUAAAAUAUUAAACCUUCAGUCUAGAGAGGGAAAUAAGCCACAAAAAUUCAAAAAUUAGUUUAAACUUAUAUAAAUAUAUUCUUGCUUUAAUUGGUCAUGCAUCAGAGAGAUGGAAAUCGAUUUUUAAAGAGUUUGAUUUAGUUUUUCAAUUGUCCAAAAACAGCUAGAGUACAGAAUUCAAGGAUCUCGGAACUCCCAUCCUCUGGGCAGGAGAUUCAGUCAAUAGAUGUCAAGUUUCUUCAUUUAACAAUGACAUUAGAGUCAUAAACACUCCUGUAUUAUUCAUCCAUCUGGCACUACACUGUUGUGUCCAGGGUGGCAUGUAUUCAAAGGAAAAGAGCGAAAUGUUUGUUUUUCUGGAUAACUUAUUGUUGGAUUUAUUCUCUUUUUCAAACUGACAUUUCAAAUAGCUACUAAAUAAUAGAAGAGCAUUUCAAAUAACCUUAGAUCUUGCAUGGCUUGCAUUUAUUCCACAUGUGUGAAUUUUCUGUGUUAAUUUAGAUAUAGAAAUCCAAUCUGAAAUAUGACAGUAUUUUUGUGGUCCACAUAAUUGUUGAAAGGUUUUAAGAUACGUACAUCUAUAUAUUACAUUAUAUAUCAGUAAUAUGUCAUUUUCAUAGACUUUCAUGCUAAUUUAUUUAUUUAAAUGUACUUUUUAUGUAUGCAUGUGUCUGAAAACAUGCUUUGUGCAUUUGUGUUUUUAUGUAGAUAAGUGUAAUAUAUAAUUUAUAUAUGAA